AUGAAUCCCGUCAACUCCGAACCGUACAACCUUCCGUCCGAUGCAACUUGGCUAAUCACCGGAUGCUCCUCGGGGAUCGGCAAAGCCUUGAGCACAUUGGUCGCCAGCAAGCCCGGCCACCGCCUGAUCGCCACGGCCCGGAACCCCGUCGACCUCGCGUACCUCCCCGACGACGACAGCAGGGGGAACAUCCUGAAGCUGCCCCUCGACGUGACCUCCGCGGCGUCCGUCAACGGCGCCUUCGCCGCGGCCGAGGAGCACUUCGGCCCGGGUUUCCGCCUCGACGUCGUGGUCAACAACGCCGGGUACUCGCUCUCGGGCGACACCGAGUCCGCGACCGAGGAGGAGACGCACCGGGAGCUCGAGACCCUCUUCUUCGGCACCGCGCGCGUUACGACGCGCGCCGUCGAGAACAUGCGCCAGUCCGCGGACCGCCGUGGCGGCGUCGUCUUCAACGUCUCGUCCCUCGCCGGGCAGUGCGGCUUCCCCGGGCACGCGUACUACCACGCCGGGAAGUGGGCCGUCGAAGGCUGGACCGAGUCCGUCGCGAGAGAGAUGCAUCCCCAGUGGAACAUCAACUUUUGCAUUCUGGAGCCGAGCGGCGUCAGGACAAACUUCGAAGGGCACAGCAAGGCUCGCACCGCGCCUCAUCCGGCGUACGCCGGGGCCGACAUGCCGGCUCGCGUGCUCGAAAAGUAUGUGGAGAUGGGAAUAAAGUCGGGAAGGCUGACUGAGCCGUCGGCCAUCGCCGAGGCCAUCUACGGCAUCGCCAGCCGUGGCGAGCGCGUUCCGUUACGCGUUCCCCUCGGCGGGCCUGCCUGGAACUUCAUCAGGCAGAAGUUUGAGUCCGGCUUGGCGGAUCUUGACAAGGUUAAAGAACUCAGCAUGAGUGUCCAGAAUACAUUGGGUGCCGGCAAAUAG